UCUCACCAGUCGCUGCUGCCUGCUGCUGACGUUCUUUGUAGUUGUUUAGUGUUGUGAUGGUAGUCCCAGUUUGUCUGCACCCUCACAAAAGGGAAUGUAGCUGGAAAGCCUAGCUCGGCAGCCAUCAACACCGCCAACGACCUUGAACUUCCUGUUUCUCUCUGUCUCUUUCUCUCAUUCCUUGCAUGUUGACAGUGCUAAAUCGCUCCUCCCCACCUCACCUCAUGUCCAGCUUCCACUAGUUUUUUCAAUUUCUCAUUCCGGCCUUGCAGUGUUUUUUCUCGUUUCGAUUCAGGGUCCUGGUUCCCUGCUUGCUUGAGUGGAUUGGUCGCCGGAAUAUUAUCCUGGCAUCCUCCUUUGGUGCUGCUGCAUCACAGUGGGCUCGCCGCACUCAGCGCUGUAAUUGGUUCUCCUGUGCCUGUGCGCAUGCAGAGGGAUACCGUGGAUUCUUGCUUCAGUGCGUGUGCAUGUACAUUCGCUUGGUAGGGUGUUCGCUUGGUUAUCCAUUUCCCCCCUCGAUUAGUUUCUCGGAGCAUGCCGAUUGAUGGCACAUUUUAGAUUGCAAUCUGUAGCUGGGAUUUAGUGACUGGGUUUUGGUUCAAGAGAACGGCAGUGUUUCCGUCCACCUCCAAGGAGAGCAUGCCUGACAUUUUUGAUGUCAAGAAUGCGGAUCGCGUUUGGAAUAGUGCGACUAGUCUUUCUCUUUCUUGAGCGUUUUUAGGCUACUAUUGCUGCAAGUGAGAAACUGCAGUUGGCCAAAGUUGCUUGAAUCCGGAUCACCUAUUACAGUCAUUGAAGAAGGGCCUUUUUUGCCUGGCAGAGGAGAAUCGACCUGCAAUGAGGGAGGUGUUGUGUCUGUUGCUUCUGGCGUGUUUCUUUUCAGGCAAGACUGCUCUUGUUCGUGAACUUCACCAACCCCAGGUCAUAGUCGAGCCUGAAAUGGACAUCACAACACUCACCGGCGAUACAAUCGUCCUUACAAAUGGAACGACGCUCCAGAUUGCUCCAACUGCGACUCCUAUCUACAAUUUCCACAAGAAUUUACACAGUAUUCACGGACGGAAGCUUGGAGACUUUAGGGAGUGCUCGCCGUGCACAUGCUGUGACUCCAGCCGGCAAUGGUGUUUACCCACCUUGUGCUGCUACCACAUCAAUUGUGGAGUUCGAGACCUGCCCUUUGGCCUGUGCUCCUUCACUCCUAUUUCCUGUUCCUGUCUAGGUUGCAGAGACUAAUUUUGCUCUCAUUUCUCUCCUGGAAUGCGUCACAGAUAGUUGAUGGAGUUGAUAUCAUCUUGGUGCCCUCGGAGAAUUGCAUGAGAUGCUCAAUAAGCAAGCGUCUCGAAAUGGAGAAGUUUCAUUCGUUUUAUUAUUAUUAUUAUUAUUAUUUUAUAAAAUUUUAUAAAAUUAGUUUAAUGCAAAUCUUUUGCAUUCAAAUCAUCGUUUUAUUGCU